CGCUCCAUAGUCCCCGCAGCGCUCCGCCCAGCUUUUCUGGUCCUGGUUCUGCUAGUUAGCUGCGUGUGGCCUCGAUCAAAAUCCAUUUCUGCAGCAGAGCGGCGCUAUGUUUGAAGCACGGAUCGCACAGGGUGGAUUGCUGAAGAAGGUGGUGGAGGCCAUCAAGGACCUCAUCGAGGAUGCCAACUUCGACUGCAACAACAGCGGCUUCAGCCUGCAGGCGAUGGACUCCAGCCAUGUCAGCCUGGUGGCGCUGUCCUUGCGAGCAGACGGCUUCGAGCACUACCGCUGCGAUCGGAACGUCAGCAUGGGCAUGAAGCUGGCCAACCUGUCCAAGAUCCUGAAGUGCGCGGGCAACGAGGACGCCAUCACCAUGAAGAGCGAGGACAACGGCGACACCAUCACCUUCAUGUUCGAGACGCCCAACCAGGAGCGGCUCAGCGAGUUUGACCUGAAGCUGAUGGACAUUGACAGCGAGCACCUGGGCAUCCCGGAGGCGGAGUACGACGCCACCGUGAAGCUGCCGGCGGGCGAGUUCCAGCGGAUAGUCAAGGACCUGUCGUCCAUCGGGGACACGGUGGAGAUCAGCGUGACCAAGGAUGCCGUCAAGUUUGGCACCACCGGAGACAUCGGCUCCGCCAACAUUAUGUGCAGGCAGAACAAGAGCGUGGACAAGCCCGAGGAGAGCACCGAGAUUGACAUCAACGAACCAGUGGCCCUCACCUUUGCCCUGCGAUACCUCAACUCCUUUGCUAAGGCCACGCCGCUGUCCACCCACGUGGUGCUGAAGCUGUCCAAGGAUCUGCCCAUUGUGGUGGAGUACCAUGUGCCCGAUGUGGGCCGCCUCGGCUUCUACUUGGCUCCCAAGGUGGAGGAGGAGGAGAUGCAGGACUGAAUUCACUGCUGCACCUGGGCUCAGGCCACGGGCAGGCUGGAAAGCAGCAUGAACACGCCGGCGCUGAGGCGCGGUCAUGACAGAGGAUGGGGGGGGCGGGCGCCCGGGAACACGCCGCAUUGUAUUGUUAAGCAGCUGCUGCACGGUUGCCUCCCUGCCUCGCGUGUAACCGAAUUCCUUGUG